AACAAGUCUGGGCUGCAGUACUUUCACUGCAGCUAAUAGCACAACCAAGGAGAUAUGACUUUAUUUCUCUGCUUGUAGUCAAUGAGAGGAUUUUUGCAGGCUACACAGUUUUGAGGAGGGAAAAAAGUCAUUUGGCAGAUGCAGGUGCAUCGCGCAGGAGUAGUUAGAUAAAACUAAACUUUUUUCCAGACAUUCUCCAGACAAAUACAGGCUCAUUCAAGGGAAUUUGUCAAAUCAUGCGUGACUAGGACAACGUCGUUGACUGCUUCGCCUCGGUGACCAGUUUUGAGCGGAUUUGAAAAUGGGGUGUUUGCUGCAAUGGACUCUGCUGCUUGCUGUUUUGCUGUGUCUCCCAUCACGGUCUACAGCUCAAGGCCAGUGCAAUAAUGUUGUUGCAGCAGACAUUGUGCUCCUAGUAGAUGGAUCAUCCAGUAUUGGCCGGGCCAACUUUGUGUUGGUCAAGAAUUUCAUGGCAGGGAUUGUCAAACCCUUUGCCAGAGUGGUAGGACCCAAUGGCAUCCGUUUUGGAACCGUACAGUACAGCGAUACUGCCAGGGUGGAGUUUACAUUUACUACAUACCUGAAUGGAACUGAGCUCAUAACUGCCAUAGAGAAUAUCAACUAUAAAGGUGGAAACACACGGACUGGGGCUGGCCUCAAAUACAUCGCAGACAACUUCUUCAGCCCUUCCUCUCUCAGAGAUGUACCCAAGAUCACUAUUCUCAUUACUGAUGGUAAAUCUCAGGACAGUGUGCAGGAGCCUUCUCAAAAACUACGUAGCCUUGGAGUCAAAAUAUUUGCAGUGGGUAUAAAGAGUGCAGACCCAGCUGAGCUGAAUCUCAUUGCCUCUCCUCCUCAAAGUGAAUUCACCUCUCAGAUUGGGAAUUUCAAAGCUCUCAGCUCUUUGCUGCCCCUAGUAUCUCGACGUGUGUGUACAACAACUGGAGGCUCUUACUCAAGUGACGAGGCCUACAGUGGUCCAUCAGACUUGCAGUUUUCAGGUGAGACCACCAAUUCCCUGAGAUUUCGAUGGACGUCUGCAGGAGGGCCUGUAAGUGGCUAUGUGGUCCAGUACAGGCCCCUAUCUGGCCUGGGUCAGCCAAUCACAGCAGAGCUUCGACAGGAAACCAUACCAAGCAACCAGCAGAGCUACACUGCACGAGAGCUGCGUUCAGGCACAGACUACCUGAUCACUGUUAUUGCUCAGUACCCAAACACCUUGGGAGAGUCAGUGUCUGGCAAGACCCGAACAAAGCCUCUCCAAGGUGUGACUGCACUGCGACUGAUCCAGGCUGGGUUUUUUACACUGGCUUUGGGCUGGGACACUCCAGCUGACCAAGUACAGGGUUACAGAAUCACCUAUGGACCUAUAGUGAAAGAGAUUCUGGAGGAUAAAUAUUUUACAAUAACAACAACAACAGUGGAUCAAACAAAGUGUAGCAUAUUGGUCUCCACUGAAAAGUAUUUUUACCUGCAGGAAACCAUACCAAGCAACCAGCAGAGCUACACUGCACGAGAGCUGCGUUCAGGCACAGACUACCUGAUCACUGUUAUUGCUCAGUACCCAAACACCUUGGGAGAGUCAGUGUCUGGCAAGACCCGAACAAAGCCUCUCCAAGGUGUGACUGCACUGCGACUGAUCCAGGCUGGGUUUUUUACACUGGCUUUGGGCUGGGACACUCCAGCUGACCAAGUACAGGGUUACAGAAUCACCUAUGGACCUAUAGGUCAGCCUGCUGCACAGCUGCUGGAACAAUCUGUGGGGACAGAGUCUACUUCUCUGACUUUGGUCAGUCUUAAGUCAGACACAGAAUAUGUGAUCAACUUGUACCCACUGUUUCCCCGUAACAGUGCCUCACCAGCUACCCUGACUGCCCGCACAUUGCGUUUAGAGGGAGUGCAGCAGCUUUCCGUUGAGACUAUCUCAAGCAACAGUGUUCGAGUCCGCUGGACGGGAGUGGUGGGGGCCAGAGGAUAUAGAGUUGUUUGGGGCCCUUUCACAGGAAGUGAUGCGGAGACCGUAGAACUGGGAGGUGAUAGUGAAUCUCACACUCUGGGGAAUCUGAGACCAGACAUAGAGUACAUUGUUACAGUCAUCGCUCUGUACAAUGGAGAAGCUGAAGGACCAGCAGCCACUGCACGUUUUAAGAUAGAGCGCUCAGAGCAACAGGUACUGAGAGCCACGACUACGGGACCCACCAGCAUCAGAUUAAACUGGAACCUCAUACAGGCCGCCAGAGGCUACCGACUGGAAUGGAAAGCCGGAGAGAGAGGCAGAGUUCAGAAGCAAGAGUUCCCAAAAAGCACCACCAACUAUGAGCUCAGAAGUCUGCAGCCGAACACAGAGUACAUCAUAACUCUAUACACACUCUACGAGGGGCGAGAAGAAGCUACUUUCUUUUCAACCAAGCCAACAGUAGAGCAGCAAGUUGGUCCUGUCACGAACCUGAGGGUGGUGGAUUCACUCGGAAACAUUAUUCGAUUAGGAUGGACAGGAGUCUCUGGGGCAACACAAUACAACAUCAUCAUUCUUAAUACAGAAUCAAAUGCAGAGGUGAACAGAAGAGUUCCUGGGAAUCAGACCACCUUUGACCUACGGGAUCUUGAAGAUGGUGUACGCUAUGCUGUCAGUGUAAAUGCACUUAUUGGAUCCAGUGAAGGGGAACCAGCAACAGUGUACAUCGUAACAGAACCGCCACUGAGGGUGACCAACUUGCGGAUAGUUGGGAGCAACAGUCGACGAGUCAGGAUUGCAUGGACUGGUGUUUCAGAGGCAACAGGCUACCAGGUUACCUGGAGACAAAGCAACACUGCAGAGCAAUCUCGUGUCCUAGGUGGUGAUGUCACUACCUACACUAUAGACGGGCUGCAGCCAGAUGAUUCUGUUGUUGUGGGUGUUGCCCCAGUGAUUGAUGGGCAGACUGGAGAAGUGGUCUCUGUGUCUACAAGAACCAGUGGUUCUACUGGAAUUGUUACAGGGCUAAGAGUCAUUGAAGUAACAUCUGCAAGGAUAGAAAUAUCCUGGACUCCAGUGACUCGAGCAACGGGCUAUAAAAUAAUCUGGCGGCGAAGUGAUGGAGUGGAAGACUCUGAGAUUGUACCCGCUGAUGUGGCUUCCUAUGCCAUUGAUAGACUCCAGGAGGGUGCAGCCUACCAAAUAUUAGUCUCAGCCCUUUUUAACUCUCGGGAAGGACCUUCUGCCACUGUGACUGCAAGGACAGAUCAGGCCAUGGUGGGUCGCGUCACCAAUUUACAGGUGGUGGAGGCCCAAGGGGAGGUUGUUCGAGUCAGCUGGGUUGGAGUUCAAAAUGCGACUUCAUACAGAGUACUCUGGAAAAGGACUGAUGGUGGAGAGGAGCGGAGUCAGCUAGUUGGUGGUAACGUGAACUCAGUGGAUCUGAGGCAGUUGGAUGAAGGGGCACAGUAUGAAGUGAAGGUUCUGGCUCUAGUUCGGAACAGAGAAGGCCCACCUGUCUCUGUCAGAGUCACUACGGGGGGCCAGAGAGGGACAAGAGUAGAGGGUCUGCGUGUUUUGGACUCGACCCCAGGGGGGCUCCGUAUAACCUGGAGAGCAGUGAGUGGUGCCAGCUCAUAUCGAAUCUACUGGAGGUCCUCACAAGGUGAACCUGAAUCAAGUCGUCUGAUUAGUGGCGAUGCAACUUCAUACACCCUCGAUGGACUUCGACCUGGUCUGAGCUACACUGUAAGAUUGUCUGCUGUGGUGGACGGUCAAGAAACUGAAGCCACCACCAUCAGAGCAACCACUGAUGCCCUGCCACCUGUGACUGGUUUGAGUGUGACUGACAGUACUGAGAAUUCAGUCCUUUUAGGCUGGUCACCAGUAACAGGAGCCACAGGAUAUAUUUUACGCUGGACAGAGGAAGAAGACACAGGAACGGGUCAGUCUGAAACGCUGCCUGGUACAGCCACUUCUUACCGUGUGACAGGUCUACGACUGGGCCGUCUGUACAGUUUCACCCUGCAGCCCACCUUCCAAAACCAGGUUGGACCUGAGACCAGCGUGAAGGAGCGCACAGUGUGUGUGGGUGGGCGUUUGGAUGUUGUCUUCCUUGUCCCCGCGUCUCGUGAUCGCUCUGGCCUGGUGGGACCUGUGUUGUCUCUGCUUGCCAGUUCUGCUGGAUCCUUAACCUCCAUCGGACCCAGAGACUCCCAGAUGGGGGUGGUGAUGUACAGUGAAGAUCCAAAAGUGCGCUUCCUCCUCAAUCGUCAUAGCAACAGUGAGACCCUUCUGCAAGAUAUUGUGACCACCCCAUUCAAUGACAGACCAGGAAAUAAUAUAGGCCAGGCAAUGACAUACGCACGUCAGUUUUUGCUGAGCGCACCAGCAGGUCGGAGGUAUAGUGUUCCCGGGGUGGUUGUUAUUAUCGCAGACGAGAAGUCAACCGAUGAUCUUAGCCAGCCGGCUGCUGCUGUUAGAGCUGAUGGUGUGACAGUGUUGGCGGUAGGAAUUGGACGUGCAGACUCUAGAGAGCUGCGUUCGGCAGUGACAGAUGGCAGCACUCAGAAUCUGCUCUAUGCUCAAGACGCAAAUCAGCUCUCUGGUCUCCACCCCGACCUGGCAGACCUCCUCUGUGGCCUUGCACGCGGGACUAGUGUCACGCCAGGGCCUUGUACCGUACAGUGUCCACAAGGUGCUAAAGGGGAACUGGGUCAGAAGGGUGAGAGGGGCAGAGAUGGAGUGGAUGGAAGAAAAGGCGAGCCUGGUCAUGAUGGUUUACCCGGUCGUGAGGGCCUCAGAGGACCAGAGGGGCCACCAGGUCAACCAGGCAGUGGUCUGGGAGUGAGAGGAGAGAAAGGCGAGAGAGGUUUCCCAGGACUGGAUGGCAGUCCAGGUGUUCCAGGUCGUCCUGGUGCAGUUGGAUUACCAGGCAUUCAGGGAUUACCAGGUGUGACAGGAGACCCUGGAGAACCAGGCAUUUCAGGCCCUCAUGGAUUAAAGGGAGAGAAAGGUGAAAGGGGGGAACCUGGAUCUGCUUUUGGAGGAGGUUUACCGGGCCGUAAAGGAGAGCCAGGAAUCCCAGGGAUCCCUGGCACUCCUAGUCGUCCAGGUGUGGAUGGGGCGAAGGGAGAGCCAGGUGCACGAGGUCUGUCCGGACAGGAUGGUCGCCCUGGGUUGCCAGGCACUGCUGGACUUUCUAUUAAGGGUGAAAAAGGCAGCCAUGGUGAGAGGGGUCCUCCCGGAGUGGGUAGUGGGGUAGCUGCUAAAGGAGAUGCCGGUGAACCUGGAAGUCCUGGAUCGCCUGGUUCUCAGGGCCCACGAGGACUGACUGGACAAAAAGGAGCCAAAGGAGAAUCUGGUGAGAGUAUUGAGGGUAAACCAGGCCCCCAAGGAAACACCGGAGACCCUGGUGAUCGGGGUCCCCGAGGACCUCCUGGUGAAAUUGGAAGUAAGGGUGAUCGAGGACAGACUGGACCUCCUGGUUCAGAUGGAGCCAAGGGAGACAGAGGCCUUUCAGGUCCAGCAGGAGACAAGGGAGAUAAAGGUUCAGCAGGCCCCCCUGGACCUCAAGGACUGAGGGGAUUUCCAGGGAGUAGUGGCCUUUCUGGAGAAAAGGGUGCUGAGGGUGGAAAAGGGCAACCAGGAAGCUGUGACUGUCAAGGUUCAUUUGGGAAGAAAGGAGAGCGGGGUGAAAGGGGCCUCCCAGGUCCUGAUGGCGGUAAAGGUAUUGAAGGAGAUGCAGGACAAAAAGGGGAAAGAGGUGCCCCUGGAGCAGGACAGCCUGGCCAACCUGGACCUAAAGGGGACCAGGGUGAUCAGGGUCUCACUGGAUUGUCUGGAAAACCUGGUUUGAAGGGCAGUCAAGGUGACCCGGGGGAGAGAGGGGAGGCAGGAAGUCCUGGUCCACAGGGGCCCAUGGGUCCCAGAGGGAAGGAUGGACUAAACGGAGACAAAGGAGAGGAUGGCAUUCCAGGCGAAUCAGGGUUGGCGGGUAAACCAGGGGAGAGAGGUCUAAGAGGACUGCCAGGUCAACUAGGUCAACCUGGGCUAAAAGGAGACACGGGUGAUCCAGGGGAAGAUGGAAGAAAUGGUACCCCAGGUCCCACCGGACCAAGAGGCCCAAAGGGAGAACAGGGAAUACAAGGUCCCCCUGGGCCACCUGGUGAUGUGACAUCUGGAGAGAAACAACUGAAAGGUGACAGAGGAGAAAAGGGAGAGGCAGGUGACCCAGGGGAGCACGGGGCUAAGGGUCCAAAGGGUGAACCAGGAGCUUCAGGCCCGCCAGGACCAAGCGGUCCUGAGGGGCCGCGUGGGCUAUCAGGAGCCAGAGGUGACCAAGGCGAUAGGGGCAGUCCAGGAGACAAGGGAGAAAGAGGAGCGGCUGGUUUGGAUGGACGACCCAGUCAGGAUGGGAAACCUGGGCCGCCUGGAACUCCUGGAUUACGGGGUGACCCAGGAAAACAAGGGGAUCCUGGAAGAGAUGGCUUGGCUGGACUAAGAGGGCCUCAGGGACCUCCAGGACCACCUGGGCCCCCAGGAGCUAAUGGCACACCUGGUAAAGCAGGGGAGGAUGGGAAACCAGGACUGCCUGGAAAACCUGGCGAGGAUGGUGUGCCAGGAGAGGAUGGUCGAAAGGGAGAUAAAGGAGAGUCGGGGGCCGCUGGAAGAGAUGGUGAGAUGGGUCCUACUGGUCUGACAUUGCCAGGUACCGCUGGAGAAAGAGGCCUUCCUGGAUCACCGGGUCCAAAAGGAGACAAAGGGCCAGCGGGAAUCAAAGGAGAAAGAGGUGCUGCGGGUGAUCCUGGAGAUCCUGGUGAGAAUGGAUUGAGAGGACCACCAGGGCCCAAAGGAGUCAAAGGAGAGGCAGGUGUGGGAAUGCCUGGGCCUCAAGGACAACCUGGACCCAUUGGCUUAAAGGGGGACUCUGGUUUACCAGGUCCUCCGGGCCCUCCUGGACCACGUGGAGUGGAUGGCACGCCAGGACUGGCAGGGCAGAGAGGUGAAGCAGGUCAGCCAGGACCCCCUGGACCCCCAGGAGACAGGGGUCUACAAGGAUUCAUUGGCAAAGCGGGAAACCCAGGAACACCAGGAGCUGCUGGGCCCCCAGGACCCUCUGGUACUGCGGGCCUUGCAGGACUGAAGGGCGAUAAGGGUGAAAUUGGUGUAGGAGUGCCAGGUUUAAGAGGAGAGCGAGGAGACCCAGGGCCUCGGGGAGAAGAAGGUCGGGCUGGAACAGAUGGAGAGAGAGGCCUUACUGGCGAACAAGGUCCUUCAGGAAUUAAAGGAGAAAAGGGAGAUACUCAGCUGGUGGGGGGACCUCCAGGAGAGAAAGGAGUGAAAGGAGAAACCGGGGAGCGAGGACCUAAAGGUGCACAGGGUGAAAAGGGUGCAAAGGGACAGGAAGGACCACCAGGAGAACAGGGUCUGAGAGGGGAGCCGGGAGAGAGAGGUUCUACUGGCUUCCAGGGAGCCCGUGGUCCUGGUGGUCAGAAGGGAACACCUGGUAAAGAUGGUCUGCCUGGAAUGAGAGGAGAGAAGGGAGAGUUUGGGCCUGUAGGUCCGCGAGGCCUCAAGGGAGAAAGAGGCGCCAAGGGAGCAUGUGGACAAAGCGGACCAAAGGGAGACAAGGGGGAUGCUGGGAUUAACGGCAGACCGGGAUUGCCAGGGAGGAAAGGAGAGCAGGGUGAAGUCGGGUCUCCAGGUUCCACAGGAAGUCCAGGGAAGGAGGGACUCAUUGGAGCCAAGGGUGACAGAGGCUUUGAUGGAGUUACGGGGCCGAAGGGAUCACAAGGAGAGAAAGGUGAACGGGGCCAACCUGGUAUCCCUGGUCCCCCUGGUUCAAGAGGAGCGGAUGGACCCUCUGGUCUAACAGGCCCUCAAGGACCUGCUGGAGGUAAAGGUCCAGAGGGCCUGCAAGGACAAAAGGGUGAAAGAGGUCCUCCAGGCCCUGCUAUGGUUGGCCCACGUGGCAUCCCUGGGAUCCCAGGAGAAAGAGGAGAACAGGGUGAGAUUGGCUCUGAUGGACCUAAAGGAGACAGAGGAGAAACAAGCAUGACGGAGGAUGAGAUUCGGACUUAUGUUCGAAGUGAGAUGAACCUGCAUUGUGCUUGUGGAGGUGUUCAGGAAGUUGAGAAACCUGUCCCAGUGCAGGCUUACCGAAGCUCCUCCACGUCCCCUGAGCGCUCACUAGUCCAAGGGGACGAGGAGGGUCAAAAGCUGCGUGUUGUGAUGAACACAAAUGAUCCAGACUACGAGCACAUUUACUCUAUAGAGACCUAUGAUGAUGAUGCUCCAAUGGUGGAGAUUGCUGACUAUGACACCACUGUCAAUAAAAGCCAGGCUGAAAGGACAAAAUUUGAGGUGAAAGGUGAAGACUCCUGCAUCUUGCCCAUGGAAGAGGGUAAUUGUUCUCGCUAUACUUUGCGUUGGUACUUUAACUCUGAGCUUGAAGACAAGAGUUGA